UCUGAGUUAUAUUUUAUGUAAUUCAAGAUGAAAAUUUACUAAACUGAUCAACUCAAGGUGUUCGAAAAUAUUACAGCGCUGUUGUUAACAUUGUUAUACAGAAUCAGCUACUAGCAAAGCGUGUGACCCCGCUUCAAAAUACGUGAGCUAGUAACCUACUUUUGACGAACAUCAAGCAAGUACUACCUAUUGUGACUCUUCAACCUCAUCUCAUUCGACCCAACCUUGCCCUUCCACCAGCAAUUUAGGUUUACAAUGGAGAGCAAAAUAUGUGUGUGUGGGGGAGAGGGGUCACAAAACAUUUGGAACAACCAAUAACUUGACUUUUAAGCGGAUAACGUAAUAAUCAGUAGAGAAAUUUGUUAACAAUAUAAUAGUACUGUACCUUGUAAGUUAACGAUAGAAGGGAAGAACCAUUUUUUUAACUAUUGCACUUUGGAAUUAACAGUGAAAUAAUACUUAUAAUAAGGUUUUUGUACGGAUAGUUAGCGUACAAUCGUAAUAAGCCGUAUUUUCACUGUUGCAAAGACAAUUAUCUAAAUACUCGCUGCUACUUCUAGAGUAGUACUAGUAGUGUUGUGUAUGGUGUAGUGCAGCUAUCAAAUAUUAUAAUUUUAUUGUUUUGAAUCGGCAUUUUUUCAUAGAAAAAUUACAGUAAUAAGUAUAGUACUCUGUGUAACACCUGUUUUAUGUUUAACCCUGAACUAUGUCUACCAAUCGUUCUCUCCCAGGGCCAGUUGAAGGUUUUAGCGCGUGCACUGGUAGUAGUAGUACUAGUACUAUUAAUCGCGGAAACAACGUACAACGAUCAAUUUCGCCGGUUCAAUUUCAACUAGAAGAUCGAGACAAAGAUCAAAAAUUAAACCCGAAGAUGUCAAAAGCAUUUAGUACUAGUGCCAAAAGAAUUCAGAAAGAGCUGGCAGAGAUUACAGUGGAUCCACCACCAAACUGCAGUGCGGGACCAAAAGGGGACAAUCUAUACGAGUGGAUUUCUACCAUCCUUGGACCUCCAGGGUCAGUUUACGAAGGAGGCGUUUUUUUUCUGGACAUUCAUUUUUCACCUGAUUAUCCUUUCAAACCACCAAAGGUAACUUUUCGAACAAGGAUUUAUCACUGCAACGUCAACAGCCAAGGAAUGAUAUGUCUUGAUAUCUUAAAAGAUAACUGGAGCCCUGCUCUCACUGUCUCCAAAGUCCUCUUGUCUAUAUGUUCUCUACUAACAGACUGUAACCCAGCUGACCCGUUAGUUGGAAGUAUUGCUACCCAGUAUCUCCAGCACCGAGAAGAACAUGACCGUGUUGCUCGACUUUGGACAAAACGAUAUGCUACAUAAUAUUUUAUUUUGCUAUUUCUAUAUUCUUCUUCUUUUUUUGUGUUACUCUGGUAGUCUAUAAUGUUACCUGGAAAUGACCUAAGACUUUCUAACAUAUGGGAAGUCUUGUUAUGUGUAUUAAUUCUAAAUAUAAAAUUUAUUAAAUGAUGUAUAUUUUCCACAAAAUGUUUUUUUUUUUUGAGAAGAGAAUUACUGUUUUGCCACUAAUUUCCUUUUUUAUAAUAUUUAUUUAUUUAAGAAGUUUGUUUCACAGGAGUAGUUUUACACAAGGCCAUAACAUAUAAUUCAGGGAAAAAGCAGGAAAGUUUGAACUAUUUAGCUGUGUACAUCUAUAGAAUUUUAUUCGUAUAAUUAUUAACAUUUAGAAUGUUUUCUCAUUUUAAAUAUAAAGUUGACACUAUGCAUGAGAUUACAGAAUUCUGUAGCAACCUUUGGAGAAAAAUUGUUUUUCUGGGUGAGUUUAUGACAACCAAGUGGUUGUAAUUCCUGUGACAGAAAAUGUCGAGCUUACUUGUUGUUUACAUGUACUUGUGUUUGGUAAAUCUUAAUGAUCCUUGAAUAUAAAAAAAGCUAUGUAUAUUCUCUACUACUUUCAAAGCAAAUACGAAUCGUAUAAAAACUCGGCUGGAAACUAAGCAAAUGUGUUUAUAUUGAAAGGUAGUGAAUUUUAUAAUACUUUGAACAUUAAACUAUAGAAGCUUAGAGUAAAAAAAACAACAACAGCUAGACAGACAUCAAUAUAUGGAGACCAAAUAUUGAAUUGAUGAGUGUCUAGUACGGUUGUGUUGCUAGAAUGUUCUUAAAUGAUGUGUUAAGAAAUAAACAUCAUUAGGAAUUAUAAAGUGUAUUUAUUAGUGUUUUACUACUAAUCAUUUGAUGUGUUUAUCAAACUAUACUUGUGUGUGUGGUUGUUACUAGAAAGAAAAGUUCUCGACUCCUGAGUAGGUGAACGUCUUAAGUCCAGUAAUAAUUAAUAUACUGAUGUAAAACAUAAGCUUUUUAUUAAAUUCCCUAUAUUU